ACGCGGCCACUGGAGUCAGGAACGUGUAUAAUGAUAGCGAAUAGCGAUAGUGAUUAGUGGGAUAGAACAUAAUAUUUUAUAGUAUUGUCCCAUCAUUUAGUGUUUUAAUUUUUGAUCGCGAACUGAAGUAAAAUUGACGAAAUUUGAGUUGUUAUUCGUUUAACUUACAUAUUUCAUAUUAUUUUCAUUAGUACAAUAUUUGUUUUGAAUAUUAUAUAAAUAUUCAUUAUCACAUGCGCUUUCUCUCUGCCAUUUUAUAAAUUAACUCACAAUUACUAACUUUAAUUGAUAAAGUAAUGAGUUAUAACGACAAUACAUUCAAUACUAUGUCGGGUAAUAGCAACAAUAAACGUCUAACGCGACGACCUAUGGAAACACCUGGUUUAGAUGUAAAUAGUAUACCUCCACAACAAGUGCAGUACAACUAUGCCCAACAAACUAUGUACUCUCCACCACAAGAACCUCAAACAAUACCAUCUCAACAACAAUUCUAUUACAAUGACUUUACAUCAAUUCCCUCGCAACCACAACAUGGAUAUGGAAAUAACGAUUUCGGAUACAUUGGAUCAAUGCCAACAGAUAAUAUAAAUCACCGGCAACAUUAUUCGCCAAGCCCCGGUCCAAGCCCUCAACCAACUCAACCAAUGAUGUUUAACCCUUCAAAUAAUUUAGUUGAUGCGUUUGGAAGUAAUCCUCUAUUAGCAGGAGUUACUGUGCGAUAUGGACAAAAAAUUUUAGGACAAGUUGUUGAUGAAAAUGUUGGAAAAUAUACAAGUGGAAUAAGUUCAGAAAUAAAACGUUAUUUUGCUGUAGAUACCCGUUAUGUGAUCUCCAAACUUGGAUUAUUAUUAUUUCCAUUUGCUCAUACAGAUUGGUCAAUUAUGUUGGAACCAACAGGGCAAGCUGAUGAUCGUCGACGAGCAAGACCAAAAACAGAUGUCAAUGCACCAGAUCUUUAUAUUCCUACUGUAGCUUUUGUAACAUAUUUACUCUUUUUGGGUCUCAUACUUGGUAAACAUGGACAAUUUAGCCCAGAACUUUUAAGUGUACAGGCUUCUCGUGUUCUUGCUUGGGAAGUAAUAGUAGUUUUGAUGGAAAUAUUGGCACUAUAUGUUACAAAUAUACAAAGUUCACUACGUUUUUUUGACCUAACAGCUUAUUCAGGAUACAAGUAUUUUGGAAUUAUAAGCUGUAUUCCAAUUGGAUUACUUUUAGGCGAAACUGCUUUUUAUCUUUCCUUACUAUACAUUGGAAUUGCAUUUAUAUACUUUUUGUUAUUUUCAAUGAGAUGGCAGUUGAAUUCAGUUGCAACCGUUACUAAUGUUGGCCAACCAGUAGUAAUGGUUGAAUAUAAGCGUAAGAGGACAUUAUACUUCCUAAUUUUAGCAGUGGCCAUUCAACCAAUAACUACAUGGUACCUAAUAUCUUAUUUAACAUUUACUAUGAGAUGAAUAUAACAUGAAAACUUUUCAAAAAAAUUAUUUUUUCCAUGGAGUAAUUCAAUUUAUGUUAUUAAAAACUGUGUACAUAAUAUUCAUAUUUUUGUUUUAUAUAUUUUAAUUGUCUUUAUUGGUAUGAUACCUUUUAGGACAAUAAUUGUAACAAUCUAUCAUAUUACACAUUCUGAAAUAUGUAUAGACAGUUAUAUUUUUAUAUAUUUA